AUUAGCGCCCCCGGUUGACCUUUCACUGUAAGCGCAGGCAGGUCAGGCAGUCGAACGGCUUUCUCGACGCCAGCAACGCAAACGCCAUCUUAAACUGACUGACUUAACUACUGAAUCAGCAGCCCUGUGGGACGAAUCUGGGUCAGGCAUUCGGAGACGAAACGGCGUCUGGAAAUCUCCACUCUUCGCAUCCUCGCUGAUAUUUACCAAUCUCUCGAUCAAUCGCGACGCUUUAUGGUCCAAUGUGUUUGAGCGGUCGGGCAGCCCGAACGCAGUUUUGUUGUGUCGGACCUGGUUGACGCUCACUGGUAGCUUUUUUAUAACAAGCAGCUGACUGAGGUGAAAUCAGUCGACCAUUUGUAACCUCCAGGAUGAAACGAGGACUCCAGGGAACUAAACAGGAGGAUGGGGGCGGCACCAGUAGCGGGUCUCUCAAGCGGUCUCGUAAACAGAGGAGGGACACGGAACUUGACGAAGAAGCGGUCCACUGGGAAUGCCUGCCGCAGGAGAUCCUUCUCCACAUAUUCCAGUACCUGCCUCUGCUGGAUAGAGCGUAUGCAUCUCAGGUGUGCCGAGGCUGGAACCACGCUUUUCACAUGCCUGAGCUGUGGCGUUGCUUUGAGUUUGAGUUGAAUCAGCCAGCCAGCUCCUACCUGAAGGCCACACACCCGGACCUCAUUAAGCAAAUCAUCAAAAGGCACGCCGACCACUUGCAGUACGUCAGCUUCAAGGUGGACAGCAGCAGAGAGUCGGCAGAAGCGGCAUGCGACAUCCUCUCCCAGCUUGUUAAUUGCUCUCUGAAAACGCUGGGCCUCAUCUCCACGGCUCGGCCCAGCUUCAUGGAGAUGCCUAAGUCUCACUUCAUCUCAGCAUUGACGGUGGUUUUUGUCAACUCCAAAUCGUUGUCCUCCCUGAAGAUUGAUGACACGCCCGUGGACGACCCCUCCCUCAAAGUACUCGUGGCCAAUAACAGCGACACGCUGAAACUGCUGAAAAUGAGCAGUUGUCCUCACGUGUCACCCGCAGGCAUCCUGUGUGUGGCGGAUCAGUGCCACGGUCUGCGGGAAUUGGCCCUCAACUACCAUUUGCUGAGCGACGAGCUCCUCAUCGCGCUCUCCUCAGAGAAGCACGUUCACCUGGAGCACCUGCGCAUUGACGUGGUGAGCGAGAAUCCGGGCCAGCAGUUCCAUACAAUCAAGAAGAGCAGCUGGGACGCCAUGGUGCGCCACUCCCCGAAAUUCAACCUGGUCAUGUACUUCUUCCUGUACGAGGAUGAGUUUGGCCCCUUCUUCCGCGACGAGCUGCCCGUCACGCAUCUGUAUUUCGGCCGCUCGGUCAGCAAAGACGUGCUGGGCCGCGUGGGGCUCACCUGCCCUCGCCUGGUGGAGUUGGUGGUGUGCGCCAACGGGCUGCGUCCGCUGGAUGAGGAGCUGAUCCGCAUAGCUCAGCGCUGCACGCAGCUCUCGGCCAUCGGCUUGGGAGAGUGCGAAGUGUCUUGCAGCGCCUUUGUGGAGUUUGUCAAGAUGUGCGGAGACAGACUGACCCAGUUGUCAAUCAUGGAGGAAGUGCUUGUUCCGGAUCACCGCUACGGGCUGGAUGAUAUCCACUGGGAGGUGUCGAAGCAUCUGGGCCGCGUCUGGUUCCCUGACAUGAUGCCCACCUGGUGAAGUCGUUCCAGGGUGUGGAGCUGCGGCGAGAUUUUUUUUUUUUUUUUUGGAGCGUUAUUGCGAAAAAAUGAAAUGUACUCAAGUACAUUUUACAACAUGGACAAAAUUCCAUCGAUUUAGAUUUGGAGCUAAUCCCGUGGGUUCCAAAAGAAAUCUCUUCAAAUUGUUUUCACGUCUGCCAGGCUGUUCUUUGUAUAUAUUUAUAUAUAUCUCUCUAUAUUUUUUUCUGUAUAUUUAUGUAUCUUUAAAUUAAUUGUUUUUGUUUUGACGAAAAACUUCAGCGCUUUGUUCUCUCGGUAACGUACAGAUUGGACAGAAGCAGAUUUUAGGGAUGACGUUUCCCGUGCGAAUCAACAGAAAUGUUUUGGAAUGUAGGGGACAUUGCGGCAGUGGUAUCCUGGACGUCCGUAUGUAUUUAUUGAGUAAUAAACCGUACACCUCUGACAUAAAGGAGAACCUUUCAAAUUGGAAUCACAAUCUGCUUUGAAUUUCAGCUUUUUACAGACAGUCCACCUUUGACAUUGUCUCCAGUAUACGGAGGCAACGGGGUGAAAGAAACACUUUUAAUGGCCCUCACAGAUCGCACGGAGAGAUUUGCAGUGAAUAACCUUUAAAAGCUCACAUUUUUGUCGGUGCGAUUAAAAAUUUCUUCGUCGUAGGUUUCGGGGUGAACCACUAAAACCAUAUAAAGAAGUCCAGAAUAAGUGUUGAUUCAACUAAUGUUUUAGUUACUAUCGUGAGGGGUUUGGUAACAAAAAAAAUAUCCUUUGAAUAGAUCUCUUAUUUAUUACAUAUACAUAUGGCUUUCGUGGGCCACAUAAAAUGAUGUGGCGGGCCAGAUCCGGCCCUCGGGCCUUGGGUUUGACACCCGUGUACUAAGCAGUUAUCCAGUGCUUGGCAGUUUUCGUCUCUGAAUGAAUUCUGGGUAUAUCCGUUGUUCUUCAUCGCCAAGUAUUUUAACUCAAGUUUUUUUUAAAAAGGCACCCACAAUGUAUUUGAUAACCAACACACUUAGCGAUACAUGACGGUCUCGUAGCUGGGAAUUGAUGAUGCUGUCUAUGAGCUCCUGGGUUUUUGAAACGUAAAGUACAGUCCUCAGGAUUUACACGUACUCUACUAUACAUUUAACACGUUUAUAAGGGCCUCUAGCUGUACUGAUGCAAGAGCAUCAUCUCAGGUUGAAUCUGAGCAGACCGAUAUCUAUUUUGUACGACUCAAAAGUCCGGUUAGUUGGGGUUUGUAUUUGUAUUUUUUUUUGGUAUACGAGCAAGAGGAACCUUGAACAGUAGUCACUGUUCAUAUGUAAUUAGAAUUCAAAAAUGGAAAUCAUCCCGAGUAAGUGCUCAACUAACGUCUCGGCGGGUGAAACUUUAUUGCUGUCUGUCAGUGAGAUGUUUUCAUUUUUCACUAUUUUUCCUGGCAGUCAAGCAGAAUGUAACUGGAUAAAGUCUUAAAAUACACAAAGCACAUCUCUUGCCUGUGGACUCACUGAAGGACAUCACCCUUGGACUGUUCAAUAAAGGAACCCUUUAAAUCA